CAGCUGAUUCAGUGCAAAAGCAUCGAAUAACAACACAACAACGUUUCAUAAAGUCACAAAAUUGCAGUAGAAACUGUUGAUUAUCUUUGUUCGUUUAUACGACGAAUUGUAGUCGCAACUUUUGUUAGUGAUUUUAUUUAAUAUGCAAGUUUUCUUAUUAAAAAAAAGUGGCUAUAAGUGUUACAAAAUCGGUAUAAUUUUUUAGAAAACCUUGGUGCUAGUUUCAUGAUUAAUAAUUAAAAUAAUCGGUUCACUAAAAAAUUACGAAGUACGUUUUACGUACAGACAUAAGUAUAUUAUGUGCCUACCUUAAUACAUACAUUGUAUGUAAUUGUAUGCAUGAAAAUAUUACGGAGUGGUUUUUUUAUACAAAGUUUUGUCUGCCGUGUUUAUCCAGAUUAUUCUUGUGUGAAAUAAAAAUAUAUAAUGUGAAAUCUUGAAUCUAAGCACAUACACAAACAUACGUACAUGUGCAUACUAUUUACUAAUAUGUAUGCACGCCAUAAAUCAACACUGCCAAUCAUAAGCGCGCAUUCAACAGUUUAAAAUUUGCAAAACAAUAAUUAAACGCAUAUUAAACAGUUGAUUUUAAAUUUUUAUAAAAAACUUUAAUUUGUUGAGCAUGUGAUAUUGAAGAUUUAUAUUUUGACAAAAUGGAUGGUUUUAACUUUCAAGCUUUUAUGAAAUCCGACAUGAUCUCUCCUAGUAAGUCUCAGGAAUUCGAGUAUAAUAAUGGACAUUUGAAAUCUGAUGAAUUGAUUUUUGGUUCGCAGCGCGUUAAUUUGAAUUCCUGCACACCUUAUUCAGAUGCGACCCAGACGAAGAAACAUUAUCCUGGUCAUAUAAAAAGGCCAAUGAAUGCAUUUAUGGUAUGGAGCCAAAUGGAAAGAAGAAAAAUAUGUGAAAAGACGCCUGAUCUACACAAUGCUGAAAUAUCUAAAGAGCUUGGUAGGCGUUGGCAACUACUGGACAAAGAGGAAAAACAGCCUUAUAUAAUUGAAGCGGAAAAUUUACGAAAACUACAUAUGAUAGAAUAUCCUGAUUAUAAAUAUAGGCCUCAGAAAAAGCAGUCACGAUUUUUUACUUCAAGACAUAGUAAUGAAAAAUCGUAUCGCGGCGCAAAAUGUCCUGAAAAUUCAAAGAAAACAUCAAUAUAUCCGUCGCCUUUUUCUGAGCAAAAGAGUAAACAAGGUAUAAUUAGCGGCAGUAUAGAUGGAAUUCAACGAUGUAAUCGAAGCUCGAAAAAAAAUACUUGCAAGAUCCCCUCUGCUAACCAAAAAAAAAUAAUUAAAAUGAAAGAAGCGUCUCCUAUAUUUGACUCUACAGAUAUAUGCUCAGGAGAAGACCCUAUUAAUUAUUUACCACAUAAUGCAAUUGAAAGAAACUCUUUCAGUGAUACAAAUAUCUGUGAUAUUAACUCAGGGAAUGUUGAUAAUAUACCUAGUUUAGAUCCUAUUGAGCCGUCCGACUUUAAUCAUUUGAAAAGUGGCCCAGAAUUUCCACUAGAAGAUGUUUUAAAAAUAAUAAACUCUGAAAACUUUUUGGAACAGCAAUUUGAGUUUCAUAACCCCAGAAUCGAGUUUUCUCAUGAAAGCGAACUUAAUCCUGAACAAAUAAAUGUUAACGAUAUUUCUCCGAUCUCAUGUUUCGAAAGCAGCAAGGAGGAUAACAUAGUAAAUGAUGCUAAUUUACAUCUUGCCAGUCAUCACUCUCACCAAAUGCAAUAUCCAUAUGGAACAGUGAAGCUUCCCGUUUUUAAUUCCUUACUAACUUCGCGAGAUGAAAACAACCCUCUGAGUAUUAUUAACUCUUCAACUGACGACUCAAACUGUGACAUUAUAAAUCAAUCCUUAUAUUGUACUGACGAAUGCGAAUCUGAUAACCAUGACGCAACGAUGCAACAACAAACCAUAACAAUGAAUAUUGAGAUUCAUAACAGCAAUCGUGUUUACAGAAAAGGUGGAAAUAAUGGGCUUAUGGUUGGAGAUGACGUAUAUGCAGUAUCAAUUCCAUGUGCCAGCGGCGAUAGCGAUUGCAGUAUUUUAACAUCGCCGCAUUCGCCACAAAUAAGAUUAAAUAACACUAGUACAAGCAGUGUAAUAGUGGAUACAAGUUUUGCAAAUAUUUCUCCACUUUCAAUUACUAACUGUAAUCAUGACAUUCAUUCGGAAAAUCUUAAUUUAUCGAACUAUACGUUCUAUGAUACCAAUGGAGCUCUUCUUGCUUUUACCUAUGAUGACCUCCCACCGGAAUCUUCCGGCAGCCAUUUGGAGUUUAGCAAUAGAUAUGAGUUUUCUAGUCUUUAAAAUAGGACAUAUUCAUUAUAAAGUAAGGUGCGUUCAAGGUACGUAAUAAUUACAGCAGUACAGCAACUGUGCUGCAUAUUUUUUUAUUUUUACUUUGCUGAUGUGGAGCCAAAAAUUUAGUGUGCCGAUUAUUUGCAUAUAUUUCGCCCGUGCUGCAAGUUUUGCCAGAAAUUCACUCAUAACGUGAUA